UAGCGUAGUGAGCGGGCAGAUCUUUAUAAAAACAAGAACACAUCCGAUUGUUCCCCAGUUAAACUAUAGGCCAAAGGAUGAUGACAAAGAUUUUUCUCUCCCUGUUGGUGUUUAGUCUUUUAUCGACAACAUUAGGUUGGCAAGACGAAUGUCGUCUCGAACUGGUGCCCAAUCUUCCUCUUCCUAUCAAAUGUAACGCCACGUCUUACAACUGCGACCAAAUCACGUGUUCAAUUCCCUUCAGUCGCGAGGAUAUCACAGUGACUGUGAACUUUGACACAUGGGAUGAUCCCAUGAGUGCUGACGUCAUCAUGUCAGUUCCGAAGCUUGGAUUUGAUUGGUCGGCCAGGGUAAAAAAUGGAGAGGAAAUUGAGGUUCCCGGAUUCCCACUGGAUAUUAAAGGAUUACCAUUCGGAAAAGUUGAUGCUUCCAUUCGAGUUGCAAUGACGGAAGAUAAUGGCACCCUAAGUUUCAAGAUUGACCUGGUAGGCCGGGCAGAAUUGACAAAGAAGCCUUACACAGUAACACUCAUUGAAGGAAAAAUUCCAGCCAUUGAGGAGCCUCAAAUGGUAGUGUGCGGGUGGCAUAUCAACAGGUUUAAAAAAUUGCGCGCACCGUAUAAGGCGCUUAUAAUAUCAAGUGCCGUGGCGUUCUUGGUUUUGUUUUCAAUCACCGUGGCUUAUUGCUGCAGGAGGAAGCGAGCCACUACCACUGGCCAUGUUAAGGUCAUGCCGCCAUCCUAUGAUGAGGCUACCUCUACCAAAACCAAAGUCCCGAUGCAGCCGCUGGUCAACGAAAUUUAAGUCACAAGUGAGGGCAAGAGCGACCUUAAACGAGUUAUAACUUUAACACCGAGUAUUUACUUGUAGUUACUUAGUUUUUUCUAAUAUCGUUCUAUUUUAACUGUUGUUGGUUUUAUUCUGAGUUACUUAUGCAGUUUUGGAUCCUUAGGGUCCGUUUUCAAGUCGUAGAAAUGUUAUUCUCAUCAAUGUAUUUCAAACGAGGAAGUCAUGUAUUUUUAGUAUGUACAAUAAAGGUUUUCUUUUUGACUGUU